AGCAUAGGCUAAUGUUGGCAUAAACUAGAAAACUACAAUACAAGAUAAGUAACGAAAAUAAAUCGAGGAUAAACAAAUAUUUGUAUCUUACAGAUUUUAGUCCACAGCCAGAAAUGCCGACUUGCCAACACCUCUAGCUUGAAAGAAAUAUUUGGUGAAGUGACUGAUGAUACUAAAGUGGCUAGCGGACCAGCUAGCAGAAAGCGUAGCUGUGUCUGUGUUAUGUCGACGGGUCAAUCCGUUUCACGUACAGUACAGUACUGUAGCCGGCGAUUUACGCCAAUCCGAUAAGUGGCGGUGCUGCCAGUACAGGAGACUUGCUUGACAGUUUUUCUUCCGACUACUGUCGAAGAAGAAUCAUGUUUCACGAGGAAGUAAUUUCAAGUGUUUUGUAAAUUCAGCAAUACAGUUUACAGCACUGUAAACUAAACUGUCGACAAUGCUGUCGUUGAACAAUUUGCGGAUUAUGUGCACAUCUCAUGGACUCCAGCAUUCAAAUCAGUUAUUGAUGAACAAAGCAUGCCUAUCAAAGGUUUCAUCGUAUGUAACGUUAAACAAUUGCAUCACCUUCAACAGCAAUAAGGGCACAACACAAAGGAAUAGCUUGAGGCUACUGAAAGAGAGAGAGUUAAAGUACACCACCAUUGUCAGUUCACAGAAAUUGUUCUGCACAACCCAUGUGAAACAGAACUGUUGGAAUUGCAGUCAACCAAUUGAAGAGACUCCAGCAUUCUUCUGUUUGUCUUGUAACGUUUUGCAACCUCCAGACGAGAGCGCAUCCUUCUUCCAGAUCAUGGAUUGUGACCAGACCUUUGCAAUCAACACUGAAAAGCUACAGAAAAGAUAUCUUCAUCUCCAACGUUCUUUACACCCUGACAACUUCAGCCAGAAGAAGGAGAAAGAACAGGAGUUUUCAGAGCAUCAGUCGGCUCUGGUGAACAAAGCCUACAGGACCCUCCUUAAACCGCUGAGUCGUGGACUGUACAUGUUGGAGCUCCAGAGCAUGCACCUGGAGGAGGGGACGGACCCAGGGGCUGACCCCCAGCUCCUCCUGGAGCUGAUGGAGAUGAACGAGGCUCUUCAGGAGGCUCGUAGCCCGGAGGACGUGCACCCCAUCGGCCAGUCCACUAAAGAGAGAUUAAAAGAGUUGACUGAACAGAUAGACGCGUCGAUGAGGAAAGGAGAGCUUCAAACUGCUAAAGAACUUCUUAGCCAGAUGAAAUACUUUGCGAACAUCGAAGACAAGGUGAAAGAAAAACUUUCUGAGCUCAUGUAAACAGUUUGGGCUCCUUUAUGACGUUUUAAAUACAUUUUAAAAGCCCAAGCCCCAUUUUAUUCUCUGUGGGACAAUAAAGUUCAUCUUAAUUUUCAUCUAUAAUCUUAAUAUAUAUUCACAGAUGCUUCUUUUGUAAAUUAUUUCAGAAAAUAAAGUGGUACAUUGUACGAUGUGA